AUGGCCGUACCUCCUGCGGCCUCGGACCUGAAAGCGGCGCUGAAGCUCAGAACGGCUCACCGGAGCAAGGUGCAGCUCCGGGGCAGCAGUUCUGUUUGCAAGUUGAAGGCCGAGUCUUUGGUUGAGCCGCAGGUGCGAGAGGACUGCGAGGUUAUCACAGCCGAUGCGCUGCCCGUGAAAACAGGCAGAGGUUUCAUGUAUUUAUGUUCCAAGAAUACCAUGGUUCCAUCUGGGCUGCUGCCGUUGGUGGUGCUGGCAACCUACUGCAAGCAGGAGGCCCAGCAGAGCUCAGCAUCGGAGUUCAAGCUGAAGGUCCGCUUCCAUGGGAGCUGGGAGGAAUUCAGUUUGCAAGCUCAUGAUCUGCGGGUGUUCAGCGUAAUUGAAGAAGUUCGGAACAACAUGGACAAGGAGUUUGGACCACACAUCUCCCUGACUCGACGCAAGCAGAUUACUGUAGAGCGGGCUGCAUCUGUUCGGCGUCUGAUGGACCAAUUGCAUGGUGGAGAACCUCCAGUGCGAAGUAUGGUUAGGCCAAGCGAGGAUUUUGUGACGAGUUUGUUGCCCUCUUUAAGUUCUCUUGGGCUGCAAUUUUGA